AUGGUGACGGGAGCGGCGCCGGGGCCCCGCUGCCGGGAGCGGGACCGGGAGCGGGACCGGGAGCGAGCCCCGGCCCCGGCCCCGGUGCCCGCAGCGGGCAGGAAGGCGGCGGCGGCGGCGGCGGCGGUGGCGGGGCUGUGCGCCCUGUGCUACGGCAACGCGCUGCCGGGGGAGUUCGUGCACGACGACGUGUGGGCCAUCGUCAACAACCCCGACGUGAGGGCGGCCGCCCCCGUGGCCGCCGCCUUCGCCAACGACUUCUGGGGCAAGCGGAUGGCGGAGAACACCAGCCACAAGUCCUACCGGCCCCUCUGCGUCCUCACCUUCAAGUUAAACAUAUUACUGGCUGGUAUGAACCCCUUCUAUUUCCAUGCGGUGAAUGUAAUUUUACACUGUCUAGUGACUCUUGUGCUGAUGUAUACUUGCGACAAAGCUGUGUUCAAGGACUGUCGACUUGCUUUUGUCACAGCGCUGUUCUUUGCUGUGCAUCCCAUUCACACCGAGGCUGUAACAGGUAUAGUAGGCAGAGCGGAUGUCCUAGCCUGUCUACUCUUUCUGUUGGCUUUUCUCUCCUAUAAUAGGAGUGUGGAUCAGCUUUAUGUUGGGGAACAUUUCCCUCCCACUGCCUCCCCAUUCUUUUUGCUGCUUAGUUUAUUCCUUGGGACGUGUGCAAUGCUGGUGAAAGAAACUGGAGUCACCGUGUUUGGUGUGUGCUUGGUUUAUGACUUCUUUUCCCUCUCCUGCAACGCCCUCAAACUGAGAAAUGGGGGGAUCCACCAGAGACCUGGCCGGCCGUGUGUGGCUUCGACCCCUGCCUCGCUGCCGGUCCCUGCGGCCGGCCGGGAGAACGGGAGGCAUCGCUUCGCUCACAGGGGCGCCUGGAGCUCGUGCCACCCCACCUCGCCCGAGGAGCAGCGCAGCGGUGGCCUUCCUGUGCCCAGCAAAGCCAUCUGGGCCAUUCGGAGCUACCUGACUGCAAAUAACAACCAGAAUUUCUUGUAUACUGCAAGGCCAUUUUUGAAGAGAGCUGCCCUGGUAAUAAGCUAUGUGAUUCUCGUUUUGUAUUUCCGCCUCUGGAUAAUGGGAGGAUCCAUGCCAAUGUUUUCAGAACAGGACAAUCCAGCUUCAUUCUCACCCUAUCUGCUGACAAGGUUUCUAACUUACUCCUACCUUCUGGCCUUCAAUGCGUGGCUUCUGCUGGCACCGAUUACCCUGUGCUAUGACUGGCAGGUCGGCAGUAUCCCUCUGGUCGAGUCUGUCUGGGAUGUGAGGAACUUGGCCACAGUCUUGCUGGUCGUGGUGCUGGUGUUACUCAGCCUACACUGCAUUGCUGCAUUCAAGAAACUGGAACAUAAAGAAGUUUUGGUUGGCUUGUUGUUCCUGGUUUUCCCAUUCAUCCCAGCCAGCAACCUCUUCUUCAGGGUGGGAUUUGUGGUGGCAGAGCGAGUCCUUUACAUGCCGAGUAUGGGGUACUGCAUCCUUUUUGUCCAUGGUCUAAAGAAGCUGUCUACAUGGUUAAAUAAGUGGAGAAUUACUGUUUUGACUCUCUUUGCUUUGCUGCUGCUGCUAUUCUCUUGGAAGACCGUGAAACAGAAUGAAAUCUGGCUCUCAAGAGAGUCCCUUUUCAGCUCAGGAGUGAAGACUCUGCCCCACAACGCCAAGGUGCACUACAACUAUGCCAAUUUUCUGAAAGACCAGGGCCGUAAUGUUGAAGCGAUCUACCACUACAAAACUGCUCUCAAACUGUACCCUCGUCAUGCAAGUGCUCUCAACAACUUGGGGACGCUGACCAUAGACGUUUUGGAGGCAAAGGACUACUACAGACGGGCCCUUCAGUUAAACCCUCAGCACAAUCGAGCUCUCUUCAAUCUCGGCAACCUGCUCAAGUCCCAAGGGAAGAAGGAGGAGGCUGUAAUGUUACUGAGGGACUCCAUCAAAUAUGGCCCAGAAUUCGCAGAUGCUUACUCAAGCCUGGCCUCGCUGUUGGCUGAACAGGAACGGCUGAAGGAAGCAGAGGAGGUCUACAAGGCUGGCAUAGAGAACUGUCCAGAGAGCUCUGAUCUGCAUAACAACUACGGAGUUUUCUUGGUUGAUACCGGGGCUCCAGAGAGAGCUGUGUCCCACUACAGGCAGGCCAUCCGUCUGAGCCCAGCUCACCACGUCGCCAUGGUAAACCUGGGCAGGCUUCACCGCUCUCUGGGUCAGAACAAAGAGGCUGAAGCGUGGUACAAGAGGGCACUGAAGGUAUCCCGGAAAGCUGAAAUCCUGUCCCCACUGGGGGCUCUGUAUUAUAACACGGGGCGAUACGAAGAAGCUUUGCAGGUUUACAGAGAAGCAGCAUCGCUGCAGCCUUCAAACAAAGAGAUCCGACUGGCUCUGGCCCAGGUUUUAGCAAUGAUGGGGCGGACGAAGGAAGCUGAAAAGAUGACAAACCAUAUACUCAAUGAAGAUGUGGAAUGUCUGGAGUGCUACCGCCUUCUGUCAGCCAUCUUCAGCAAGCAGGAACACUAUGCUAAGGCACUUGAAGCUAUAGAUAAAGCUCUUCAGCUAAAACCAAAGGAUCCAAAAAUCUUAUCAGAGCUCUUCUUCACAAAAGGAAACCAGCUAAGAGAACAGAAUCGCCUUGACGAGGCUUUUGAGAGCUAUAAACGGGCCGUAGAGCUCAACCCAGACCAAGCACAGGCCUGGAUGAAUAUGGGAGGCAUUGAGCACAUCAAGGGAAACUACAUCACUGCGCGUGCCUACUAUGAGACAGCUUUGCAGCUGGUUCCAAACAGCAAGUUGCUGAAGGAGAAUCUGGCCAAAUUGGAUCGCUUAGAAAAACGGUUUCAGGAAGUCCAGGAGAAAGAUCAGACAUAGCAUUCAGUCACACCAGUGGAAAGAAUCUCGUGCUCCUUGGCGAAGAAUGCGGUGGAAGCCUAUUGCUUGAAGUGAUGCUGAAGGAACUUUGACAGGACUCAGAAUUAUGGAAGGCAAAUUUUGAAUGCAUGCUUGUUUGACCAAAGUUACAGGAGGCACUCAGUUCCUGCGGGACAUGCUGGAGAACAAAUGAAAACCUUCCUUUAUUCAAGAUUUAUGUUUAGGCUGAACCCAUUUUAAUCACACCAGGAGUGUGGGUGGGACAUAAAACUCCAAUAUCAUGGUUAUCACUGGGGAAGCCAUGGGGACAAAGCACUCAUUCAUUGCAGUGGGGUGAAGUAGCGUCUCCUGUUACUCAAACAGUCUCACCUUGUCCACAGAAAGUACCGCUGAUGGGCUUCGUUGCAAGUGUUGCCAGAUCCAUCUGAGCCAGGAAAGAUUGUCCUAAUGGUCACAUAAAAAGUUUUUAAGGGGUUGAUGGUGAGGAAAAGGUGGCCAUUCAUACAGCUCUAAAUGUGAUUUGAAAAUGAUUCUAAAGAAAGGGAAAAUAGUAUCUGAAUAUCACCCUAGUAGGAUAAUUGUACAAGUAGGACAAAAGAUCCUUUGAGCGAAAACCUCAGCUGAAUGUUUUACUCGUAAGAUAGUCAUUUGGUAAUAAUUCCGGUUCAUGAUAUCAAUAUUGUCAAAAAUCAUGUGGCUUUACCCUUUUCUCUCUCCCUGCAGGCCAAAUAAUUAUAACUCUGAGAAAAAUGGAAGUAUCUAAAGGCAGUGGGAAACUCUAGGAUUACUUGUCUUCCUGUCCAGUCUCCAGUAAAACAAAACAAGACAAAAAACAACUAAUUGAUUGGUGUAGGAGGUAAAGCAAAGCUACAGAGAGAUUAGGGAUGAUUUGGUAGGCUGGGAAGGUACUAAGGAGGAUUUUUAUGGGUGUGCAGGGACCAAGCCCACUCAUUAUGGUGAUAACACUGACAAAACACUUUGUCAAAGUGUUCUCACCCCCUCCCACAAAAGAUACAGAAAAUGAGCUAUAGCUGAUCAGUCAUAAAUCUAUAUUUUUAAAAACUGAAGUGGGAAAACAAGUUCUCUUCAGAAUUGGGGCUUUUAUUUUUGAGCUUUAUUUAUUUAACUUAUAGUCAAGUAAUUAAUAUAUUGUCUCUGGUUUACACGAAUUGGGCAGUGUCAUUCACAGCUGGCCACAUGGCUGGCCAUUGGGACUUGCAUUUUCUGAAGUUAGCAAAAUGCAGCAGCACAAAGGUGUGCUUGCAUAAUUCCCCCGAUGCUAUUUCUAAAGCAAAUGGCUGUGGAGCACAUUGGACCAAACUCAUCAUAGUAACAACACUUCUGGUGUUUCCACCAGAGUUUGUACCCGUUUACAGAAAGUGUGAAUGGUUGGUGAGGUCGUGUUUGGUGCCUCUGCUUUUGCGUCUGGACAUCAGGGUAGGUUAUCAGUUGGUUCCCCUUACAGCAGGCAACUGCUGAAACACUUAGUGUAUGGAGCUUGGCUGUGCCCAGUCCCUGCAGAAGAGCAGCCUAGGGUUUGGCGUUACUAAUCAGAGAGUUCAGAUUAAGAACGCGAUGCCUUGAGGCACAUCUGCCAGGAAAAGCCCACGUGGCAGUGACCCAUGGGGCACCCAGGUGCAGUUGGUGCUGGCCGUGGCACCUUGGCAAGCUCUGAAUUAAUUCACUGUGUGAUGGGACACUGCGCUGGGGGCUCUGCUGGCUUCAUUUAAAAAUCUCAGUGUCUUGCUGCUGCUGUUGAUCAAAUUUUUGACAUAUGGCAGCUGCGUUUGGUGCUGAGAGGGAGUCCACGCUGGCAAAGACAUCUGCUCUGCCAGAGCCUGGGUGCCAGCUGAAGCCAUGGUGAGGCUGGACUUGUGGGGUACCAGUCCCUCCAGCCACAUAAGGCCAAGGCCCAGGAGAUCGGCCAGUGCGGGCAGCUGGGCAGGGGCUGGCUUCUCAGGGUCGUGGGAAGGAGAGAACUUUCAUGGGGGAAGGUGCUGACAGAUUUCUGGGCUUUUUCCCUUCAAACCAGCUUCAUUAAUUCCAAGGGAGCAGCUGGGACCAAGACAAUUCUUUUCCUGGUGGAUUUUCCCUUCUCUCUUUCAGCUGCCUACUUUCCUUUUGGUGGCUGAGGGUGGGUUUGAGGACUUGGGGCUGGAUCAGCAGCUCUUGUCCUGUUGCACAACUUUUAAAGCUGUAGGCUUACUGACCCAACAUUUCUGCAGGUUCCCAGUGCACGCGCUCCACGGGGCGCCUUGCAUGGAGCAGCUUUUCACAGCCCAAACACUGCCAGACUGGCCAGGAGGAGAUGGGGUCCCACCAGCAGAGCCCUGUGGGAUACUGUGUGGUUAGGGCAGAUAUGUCUCAUUUAAAAAGUGUAUCAGCUAUAAAGUUCGUCUCAUAAAGAUAUAUUAAAUAAAUACUAUAUAUUCUACAAGCCACACAGCAGUGUGGCUUUAAAUUGUGGCCGAUUACACAUAUUUUUUCAAAUAUAAAAGAAGUUGUAUUUUUUAUAGCAAUGCUUUGUGAGGGGGGGUGACUUGGUUUUGUGCUUUUAACUUUGGCUUAAAGCUUCGUUUGUCUUUCCUGAGAGACCUGGUACAAAUAAUUGUCUCGUUCUUGUCCUAGAAAACAAUCAAAGCCAUCUUGGCCUCAGAAACCUGGCACACGUGUAUGAUCAAACUUUGGGUGCCCGCUCCCAGAUCCUGGGAAAGGAUUACCAUUUUUGUAAUGCUGUCUUACUUGCAGAAUAAUGUAGAAAGAUGAUACCAUCCUUCCAGUGAGGGACGCAGUUUGAUUGGAAGGCAUGUCAUAUAUUCAUCCGCUCUCCUGAAAUAGGCUGAUAACGUAUCCAUGUAGGAUAAUCCCAGCUGAACUGGGUUAUGUUUAUAUGAUGAAAGGCUCACUCUCCACAUUUUUGAGCUGGGUCUAUGGUAGUUGUGUAGAGAGGAGUGCUCAUUAAUGAACUCUGUGUUCCUGAACCAGCACUUUAUACCCCAGCUAUGCAGGAUGAUGGUCUGUGAGUUGGCAGAGUAUUUGGAGAAUGAUUCAGGCCAUGAGCUACCAAAGCAGUUAAACCGUUGUGAAGUUUUGAUCUGACUCCCUGUCUCAUUGGUUUCUGUGCUAAAAUGCUGUGUUUGUUCAGGACAUUAAUCUUGUGAAAGAUUUAUUGUAGGUAAAGCAGAGCAAUGGAAUAUAAUAUGAAACGGGUUACCUCCACCAAAAGGGAAUACUAUUGUGAAAGAUAAAUAGAGCAACUUACCUUGUGAUAAACUGGAUAUUAUCCAAAUUAAUCAUAGGAAAUAUCCUCUUCCUCUAGCAUUGCGUGGCUCAUAAAAUAAUCAAUUAUAAAUACAUUGUUUUCUGCCAACUGCACUGCACGGUUAGCAAAGAUUACAAAUUAAUAAAUGGCUGAAGCUCUCCAUAGUGGAGGAGAGUUCAUUCUUUGUGUAAGUUGCAUUGGCUAAACUUCAAUGCUCACCAAUAUUAAAGUGGAGAAUUAACUCAAAAUUGGUUAGACAGGGCUCCUGUGUACUCACUGUGCAUUUUAAUCCUAAAUGAAAAACAUAGUAAUUGUGUUGUGUUUUUCCUUUCCCCAUGAAUAACAUUUUCAGCUGAUGGAUUUUGUUUUAUUUUUAUUGCUUAUUUAAGGUCCAGCAUUCUUUUCUUCCAUUCCUUUUCCAUCCCUCAGGAUAAAUGAUGCGGGGUGGGGUUGGGUGUAUUUUCUAUCUGUCAUAGACUGCUUGGACUAGAUUUUCCUAAAAAUGUACAGGCAACUUGUCUUGGCCAAACAGUAAGUGAAUGCAGUGGAAAUGACCUUAAUUCCAGAGACCUCAAUGAGGAUGAGGUGUGUGUGCAUGCACGUGGGUGUAAGAAGUCUAAGUCAAAAAAUGCAAAAUAAAGAGCCUAACUUGCAGGGGUGACUGGACACCCUUUAAACUAUUUAAAAACACAUCUCAAGCUCUCAGAAGUUAUGGAAACCAGGGCAAAGAUGGUGUAUAAUAUUUGGUUAAGGAAGGUAAUUGUCAUUCCAAUUUUAAUGAUUAGGCCAUUUAGAAUAUAAGUAUAUGAUUUUUUGCCCCAUUUGUCCUGCAGACCAGCAAAACAAUUGGUAUGUGCUUAAGUCUCCUAAAACUGUAUGUGCAUUAAAUUGACCAAGUGCUCAAUUUCAAUUUUUCAUAUAUUGAAAUUAUGUACAAUCUUUAGAAAAAAUUAGCUCUUACGAGUUUUUUUCACCAACUUUCAGUCUCAUGCAGCAAUUUCAAAAUGCACCACUUUGUUUUCACGUACAUUUAAACCCAGCAGCAGCAGCAAAACUAUAUAUAUACAUAUAAAAAAAAGUAAAAAUAAAAAAACAAAAAAGAAAAAAGGAAAAAAAAAAAGGAAAAUGUGCUUGGCAUUCACUAGUGUUUCAGUGUGGCAAAGUUGCUUCAGAUAAUCUCAAUAACUUUGUGCAAAAGCUCAUUGCCAUGUUUGUACUGACUUGCUGAAAUUUUUCUUCUGGAAAAUACCCCCGGUGGUAUCCUCUGUAAAAGUUACGGCUUCCACAACUGUAUUACUGUAGAAAUCUCUGCCUGAACUGGAUGUCACACCGCGUGUUCCUAUCAUGUGGGAGUUGUUUGCAUUGGCUGUUGUUCAUAUGGUUCUUAUUUCUGUAUCUAAUUUUUUUAAUCAGUUGUGCAUAUCUUUUUAAAAAUUAAGAAAACAGCCCACGGAUUACAAAUCUUUCAAAAAUAAAUUCACACUUAGCAGCAGUUGGAUGUAUGUCAGUGGUACAGGAAUUUGCAAAGUCUUUGCUUUUUUCACUGUGGGAUUUAUGGCUAGAUUUCACAUAAAGGAGUUAUGCUUGAAGUCUUUGCAAAAGAAAAUGUAUGUAAAUGUCUAUUUUAUAUAAAAAGUAAGAAAAGUA